AUGCUGACGGUUAAUGAAGGUCCAUGUGAAGGCGCUGACAGGCUGGAGGAACAGCUUCGGUCUCUGCAAGAAGAAGAAACUCUUUUACUGCAGUCUUGGGGCCUUACAAGACGGGCGCAGGAGCCACCUCUUCCUCGCACAACAAAAGGAAUGCCUCAGCUUAAAAAGGAGCCCUCAGAAGAAGGAGGAGACCCUGUCUGGCUCUCCAACCUAAGAACACGCUCUUGCAAUCGUUUGGGCCUUCGUGUGCGAGUGCUCAGCAACAGCAGCGGCAUGCCCCUGAAAGAAUACUCAAGCGAUAUACCCAAGUGCACAGCAGCAGCAGUUGCAGCUCCUGCUGCUGCUGCUGCUGCUACUGCUGCUACUGCAAGUAUUUCUGGGGGCAUUACGGGAGCGGGAUCGAAUGUACAGCAAAGGUGCGCAAUACAACAAGAGACAAACAGACUGACAGCAAUGCAGCGGCAGCAGCUGCAACUGCUGCAGCUGCGGCAGGAACAGCAGCAGCUGCGGCAACUGAAGCAGCAGCAGCAGCAGCAGUGGCGGCUGCUGCAGCAGCAGCAGCAGCAGCAGCCGCUGCAGCAGCAGCAACCACACCAGCACCAGCAACCCCAGAUGCAGCGAAUACAGCAACAGCGACAACAAGAACAGCAAAAGCUUCUGCAGCUCAUGCAGCAACAGCAGCAUCAAGUCUUCCAAUUGAGAGAGGCAGAGGCGCACAGGCGGUAUCUGGCGACCCCGCAGCAACAGCAACAGCAGCAACGACGGAGCACGCCUUCAGCCAACAAACUGCGGCAACGACAGCAGCACCAAACGGCGCUGAAGGAGACAGGAAGCAGGACAGACACACACACAGAACAAAUCGAAGUUCCCAAGGGUGGCUUAUCUCUCCAAGCGCAGCUGGUAGAAGCUCAAAGGCGGGUGGAGAUGCUACAGACGCUGCUGCAGCAGCAGCAACGGCAGCAGCAACCCCAUUUGCGCCCGACGCAGAAAGACCGGCGUUCUCUAUCACAAUCACACGGGCAACUGCAGCGGCAUCAGCAGCACCAGAACCAGCAAGAGCAGCAGCAAGAGCAGCAGCAACGCAGCGAGCAAGUCGCAAGAGAAUGCUCGGUGGCCCGUUUGCGUCCGCUGCAGCGCCACGAAGAAACUGCUCCCAGGGAGUCCUUACCCAAGCCUACUGAUGGGUUGGAGUGUAUGCGCAGCUCCGCAGGAGACACUGCAGCAUGCCAUGGAGACAGUGCAGCGAGCAAAUGGGGCAGUAUAGGAGAUUGGAGCGAGAAAGCCAACGUGAGCAAACGGGUGGUGCUGAAGGGAGACAGCGAGAAACAAGACCUGGAGCAGACUGCGGCUCACGGCCUCGUUAGUAGCGACGCCCUCUCUGAAACUGUGCAGCAGUCUCACCAGGAGCUCCUCUCCUCACUUAAGCAGGCGUCCCCUGAGUCUCCUCUGCACGGGUGUAGGCACAGCAAUUGCCCCUCGGGCGGAGAUACUUGCGGCGAGGCCCCAGCACACAUGGGGGCCCCCAGGGGCCCCCAUGUGCUUUCAAGGUCGCUGGACGUUCGGAGGCUCGUGGAUAUAGGACACACAUACUCCUUGUUAAAGGCAGAUCUGCAGCGCAUUAGGCAGAAGGCGGCAGAACUGCGCGCCCAAACUGCAGAUAUCGCUCUGCCUUCGGCAUCUCCUUGUUGCGAGCAGAAGCAGGAGCAGCAGCAGCAGCCCGCAGCGGCGUGCCGUCUCCCAGCGGGCCCAGGGAUUGCGAGCUGCAGCAGCAGUAGCAGCACUUCACUGAACUAA